UACGAAUGUUCGACUCGUGCGCACGUAUAUAAGCGGCUUGCUACCAGCGUAAGGCAUCAGUCUCACUGUUCAGUUGAGAGGAUACACUUACAGACGACAUGUACGGAAAACUGUUCUUCAUCUUCGCGCUGGUGGCGGCAGCCCUUGCCCGGGAGUACCCCGCUGGCGUGCAUCCCGCCGUUUGCCCUAACUACCCCUACUGUGACGCGGAGGCUCUAGCCCGACACACCCCGGACGGCAUGCCUAUUCCUCAGUGGGGAUACAACCCUGCUGUGGCCCCUGCUCACCAUGGAGCCGUCCCCGCCGCUCCGAGAUACCCCGCAGACUUCCCCCCGGCGCUUUGCCCGAACUACCCCUACUGCUGGUGAACACCCCCAACACAACACUUUUCCGACACCUAAAUUAUGACAGCUUCAAACAAUAAGACGCCAUCUUGUUUGUAGAACAUUUCUAUAUCAUCUGUGCUUAUGUCAAUGUCAAUGUCAAACAUGUUUUGGCGGUAUUUUUGACAUAACGUUUUGGAAAUGUCUACAAAUAAAUUGGGAUAGUUUGAGAAGAUAUUUUAAUACCCUAUUUUUGGUCUGAAAUAUGAAAUGGCUACUUUUAGUCGCCAUUUUGUACUGUAAGCUUUUUAGUAAUAAUUGGGUAUUUUUUGCAAUAAUUUCUAACAGAAGCACUGCCAUAAUAUUGUAAAAAAUAAAACAAAAUGUAAAUAGACGCAUCCAUCUUGUUUUUGUAAGAAAAUGCUUGUUUGCAUUUGUAAUUAUAUUUUUUUGUAAAAAAAUCGUGUAA